AUGACUCCUGGAAAUGCCUCUUUUAUGACUGAAUUCAUUCUGGUGGGACUAACAGACCUAUUGGAUCUCCAGAUUCCCCUCUUCUGCCUGUUUCUAGUCAUGUAUGUGGUCACUGUGUUGGGAAAUUUCGGCUUGAUAAUUUUAAUCGGGCUGAAUUCAUACCUACACACCCCCAUGUACUUUUUCCUCUUCAAUUUGUCCUUCAUAGACCUCUGUUAUUCUUCAGUAUUUACACCAAAAAUGCUGAUGAAUUUCCUUUCAAAGAAAAAUAUUAUCUCCUAUAUGGGAUGUAUGAUCCAACUUUACUUUUUCUGUUUUUUUGUGAUUUCUGAAUGCUAUGUGCUGACAUCAAUGGCCUAUGAUUGCUAUGUGGCCAUCUGUAACCCACUUCUGUAUAAUGUUGUCAUGUCCCCUCGAGUGUGUUCCAGCCUUAUGCUUGGUUCAUAUUUGAUGGCAUUUUCGGGUGCUAUGACCCACACGGGAUUCAUGCUGAGACUGACCUUCUGUGAUGCAAACACCAUCAACCAUUAUUUUUGUGACAUCCUCCCCCUGCUCCAGCUUUCCUGCACAAGCACCUAUGUGAAUGAGCUGGUGGUUUUCAUUGUGAUGGGCAUGAAUGUGAUUGUGCCCAGUGUCACCAUCUUUGUGUCUUAUGCUUCCAUCCUCUCCAGCAUCCUCCGCAUCAGCUCCACUGAGGGCAGGUCCAAAGCCUUCAGCACCUGCAGCUCCCACAUAAUUGCUGUUUCUCUCUUCUUUGGAUCAGGUGCAUUUAUGUAUCUUAAACCGUCUUCUGCUAGUUCUAUGAAUGAGGGGGAAAUCUCUUCUGUCUUUUAUACCAAUGUGCUUCCCGUGAUGAACCCCUUAAUCUAUAGUUUGAGGAACAAAGAUGUUAGAAUCGCUCUGAGAAGAACCGUGAGUAGAAAACUGUGCAAGUUUUAG